AUGGGAAAGAUUCUGGAGAAGAUGCUGGUGGGUAGGCUGAAAUGGCACAUCCUUCCGAGGAUGAGCCACCGCCAAUACGGCUUUAUGCCACAAAGGGGCACCGAGGACUCCCUCUAUGAUCUGAUGAGUCAUGUCAGGGCCAAACUUCGAGAGAAGAAGGUCCUGAUCAUGAUAUCGUUGGAUAUAGAGGGAGCCUUCGAUAGCGCCUGGUGGCCGGCAAUAAAGGUCCGGUUGGCGGAAGAAAGCUGCCCACCAAACAUCAGACGGCUGGUCGCCAGCUAUCUGGAUGAUCGGAUGGGUCUCGAGCGCCGGGGCGACUAUUGCCAAGCUUUUGCUGACGAUGUCGUCCUGGUGUUCGACGGGGACUCCACAGGAGAAGCUCAAAGGCAGGCCAAUGCGGCUCUGGCCUAUGUGCGGGAUUGGGGUGUCAGAAAUAAGCUACGGUUCGCGCCACACAAGACCCAGGCUAUGGUUAUCACCAAUAGACUUAAGUAUGACACCCCGAUCCUGCACAUGGGCGGAGUCGACAUUGGUCUGUCUAACGAGAUCAAGCUGCUCGGCCUCCUAAUAGACCGAAAACUGACCUUUAACGGCCACGUGACGCAGGCAUGCGCAAAGGCCAUAGGCCUGUAUAAAGUGCUCGCGAGGUCGGCCAAGGUCCAGUGGGGAUUGGGACCCGAGGUGAUCAGGACGAUCUACACGGCGGCGGUGGAGCCCGUGAUCUUGUAUGCCGCAAGCGCAUGGGCUCCAUCAAGCCGAAAGCUAGGUGUCAGGAAGCAGCUCGGAGCCAUCCAGCGCAGUUUCGCGCAAAAGAUGACGAAGGCCUACAGGACUGUCUCUCUCAACUCGGCCCUACUGCUUGCCGGAGUGCUGCCCCUUGACAUCAGAGUGCGGGAAACCGCACUCCUAUAUGAGAUCAAGAGGGGGCACUCUAGCGAGGUAGUGGGUGACCGGGAGGUGGAGGCUCCUGUGGCCUUCGUCAACUUGGACCACCCGGCGGAGCGGAUGGGCGGGAGCUUCCAAUGCCUGACGGAUGGGGCGGAACUGGCUCGGCACGUCGGUGAGGGUCUUAGUAUCUUCACCGACGGAAGCAAGAUUGAUGGGAAAGUCGGAGCGGCGCUGUCCAUAUGGAACGGUGCCGCCGAGACGAGUACCAGAAAGUUGCGGCUCGAGCCAUACUGCUCUGUCUACCAGGCGGAACUUCUCGCCCUCCGCAAAGCCGUGGAGGAGGCGCUCCGUAGCGGGCUUCCUGCGUGCGGCAUCUUCAGCGACGCAAGGUCCGCUCUCGACGUCGUCACCAGAGGUGAUUCCCUCCACCCCAUAGCGUUUAAAAUAAAAAAUCUACUAAAAGAAGCCGAAAAACGCACCCAGAAAAUUAAGCUUUUCUGGGUGAAGGCACACGUGGGGUUGGAGGGAAACGAGAGGGCGGACGUACUCGCUAAGGACGCCGCACAACACCUGAAGACCCGUGCGCACUACGACAAAUGUCCGGUUUCAUUCGUCAAACGACAGAUCCGAAAGGACUCGAUUGACGAAUGGAGCCGGAGAUACGCGGACGGAGAGACGGCUUCGGUGACGAAGCUGUUCUUUCCGGACGCGGUCGAGGCGCACAGGGUCGUAAGGCGGAUCGUCCUGGACGCCACACUGACGCAGGUGUUCACGGGGCACGGCGGGUUCUCCGAGUACUUGCAUCGGUUCAAGUGCAAGGAGAGCCCGGCGUGCCAAUGUGACCCUGACGUUCGGGAGACGGUCCCACAUCUCCUGCUCGAGUGUCCCAUCUUCGCAGUCAAUAGAUAUGAGCUCGAGAUGCAAUUAAAACAAGCCUCAAAUAUAAGAUGA